GGGUCGAGGCGCAUGCGCAGUCGCUCUUCCUUAGGCAGCAGCCAUGGCGGGACAAGAGGACCCGGUGCAGCGGGAGAUUCACCAGGACUGGGCGAACCGGGAGUACAUUGAGGUCAUCACCAGCAGCAUCAAGAAAAUCGCAGACUUUCUCAACUCGUUCGAUAUGUCUUGCCGUUCAAGACUCGCAACACUAAACGAGAAAUUGACAGCUCUUGAACGGAGAAUAGAGUACAUUGAAGCCAGGGUGACAAAAGGUGAGACCCUCACCUAGAAUCGUGCCACACUGCUGCUGGGAAGUUGCUUCUACAGAACACAGGCCCACGUGGGAAAAGCCCCAGCAGCCUUCAGCUCCUUCCUCUCUCCUUACAGAACAACAGGGCUUCUUCUUGUUUUUCUUUUUUUCAAAAAUGUGGCCUUUGGGCUCUGCCAUGUACACCCAGGAGCGUGAGGUGGCACGUUGGGAGGGGGCCAGGGGAACUCUCGGCAACAACGUUAGUCGUUUUUACCUUUUCGGAAACAUUUUGCAGAACUACUUGUCAACGUAUUUGAGGCGCUAAGAGCCAAAAGCCUGAGACUGUCACGGUCCUCCCCACCUCUCACUCUCCCUCUCUCAGCCUUUCUUUGCAGCUCUCAUCGCCUCUGCAUUAAUUCUACAGUCUUUGUCUCCUCCCCACCUUUGGCCGGGGAUGGGAAGCAGUCCUGGCUGAGACCCUCACACCCCAGCAAGGUGGCUGCCAGAGAAUGUUGUUGCUAACACACCAGUUUCUUGUCCUUUGGGGGAGGUCAAGUCCAGGCCCCCACUUGGCUUGAAAAGUUUUCAGAGUUUUCUUUCUGUCAUUUGGGGUGUCUUUGCCUCUCUUAUUUCCCUAAUAAACUCCUCAACUUUA